AUCAUCGAAAGGCGUAGUAGUUUUUUUACCGUAAGAAAACGAAAAUCCCAGUCGUUCCCAUUGGAUCUCUCCGUUCUGCGUUCACUGUGCCUCUUCUCCAUUGCCGCUUUGGUUCCUCUUCUCCGUUCUCAUUCAAACCCUGUCCCUCAGAUCCCAAUUUGCCCCAAUUUGAGAACACGCCAUUAACAAAAUGUCCAAUUCGGUUCUUCUCAUUGCACUUUUCUCCCUCGCAUUGAUGUGUGGCCUCGCCAAUUCUAUGAGAUUCGAGUUACCGUUGACUCACACCAAGUGCAUAUCAGACGACAUCAAGACCAAUGCCAUGACUGUGGGAAAGUACAGUGUCGUUAAUCCCAACGAAGGUUACCCACUUCCUGAUUCCCACAAGAUCAUUGUCAAGGUGACUUCUCCUCAUGGAAACAGUUAUCACUAUGGGGAUCAUGUGGAUUCUGGUAAUUUCGCAUUUACCGCAGCUGAGGCUGGUGAUUACUCAGCUUGUUUUUGGAUACCAGAUGGCAAGGGUGCCCCUUCAACUGUGACCAUAGACUUUGAAUGGAAAACUGGGGUUGCCGCUAAAGACUGGUCUAAGGUUGCCAAGAAAGGGCAGAUUGAAGUAAUGGAAUUUGAGUUGAAGAAGCUGUAUGACACUGUCUCAUCCAUCCAUGAUGAGAUGUUUUAUCUUCGUGAAAGGGAGGAAGAGAUGCAAGAACUUAACAAAGCAACCAACUCAAAGAUGUUUACCUUCAGUUUCCUUUCCAUUGUGGUUUGCUUGUCUGUGGCUGGUUUGCAACUAUGGCAUUUGAAGACAUUCUUUGAGAGGAAGAAGCUCCUCUAAAUUCUUCCACUAAAAUUAUUUUCAUUUUUGUUUCUGUAUUUUUUUAUUUUCUGUUUGCCUGGCUGAUCCUUGUGUAUCCAAAUGUAUGAUUAGUUCAUAUUUCUCUUAAUUUAUGAUAAUUACAAAUUGUUGCUGAAUACGUUACAUUGAAUUGCUAGAUCUUAGAAACAAUAUCCCAAGGCACUUUGAUUUGUUAUCUGAACGUUUGAGUUAUUCUUUUCAGUUCAGAAUGAGCACUGAAUGUUAUUACUUUAUGAUUUAACAUUGAAUUAGUGAUAAAGGGAAUUUGAAAAAAAAAAUUGUU